UGUCCACAGAAACAGAGCAGUCAACACAACAACAUAACAACAAAAUGGCGGUGACCAGUGGAUCAGGAACAAUACUGUUGCGAAGACCUCUACCACCACUUCAAAAGCCAGACAAAGGGGCUAAUGAAAAGUCUAAGAAGAAGAAAAAUGUGGCUGCAGUAAAUGACGCAAAAACAGAGCAAGUAAUUUCACAUAAACUUCAGGAACAGCGACGAAAUAAAAAGAACAACCUCAAUGAUUCCUCAAAGGAAUCCCAUCAGAGAUUGGAGCUGUUGUUUCUGAACCAAAAACCAAAAGGAGCUGAUAGUUUUCCAUUUCGAAGUCCAAAGAAGCCCUUGCAAAUUGACUUAAAUGCUUUCAUUGAUGACUCAUAUGAGCCACCACCCCCUAUUUUUGAACUGGAUGACUUUAUUUUGAAGCUGGAAGAAGGCAGAGGAGAAAAGAGUGGCAAUGAAAGGCAGAUGCAUGUUAUAGAGAAGCCACUGACUCAAUGGCACAUUUAUACAAAGAAUGAAAAUGUUACUCAAAAGAUAGAAAAUAUAGAGUUUAGCAGAAUUGCAUUAGAUGAAGAUGUGGAUCUUCCUAAUGUGCAACCAAGAAUUCCAUUUAGACAAAAGCUUAUUGAGGAAAAAGCAUACAAUUUGGAAAUGUAUUCAGAUGAAUACUUUGAAAAUCUAAAGAAAGCUUUUGGUUCUAAAACACGAUCCAGAUUGGCAGUUGUUAGACCAACAUACCUAGCUCAAAGUAAAAAACUUUUUGUUGGGGAAGAUGAUGCUUUGUAUGAAUCUUCAUUUGAUGAAGAAGGCACUGUGUAUAGCAGGGAGAGUCUUUCGCAAAGUACAAAAAGGACAGUCAGGGGGCAAAUAGCUGUAGAUUCUCCAUCUCAUUCCAGCCACCAAGACAAAAUCAAAGAUGAGGAAUUUGAUCAAGAAUUAUUUCUUGUACAUUCUCCUCCACUGUUUUUCCAAGGAGAACGUUCUGCUCGAAGUCCUUCACCAUUUGAUCCUGCUGAAGGUGAAGCUGUUGGCAGUGGCGAGCUUGCAGUGCUUGAAAGCCUUGCCCAUGGAGGAACCAAACUUGUCUUGAAGGCGCAUUUUAUAGAUCGACUACCAGAUAUAAGUUCACUAUCAACAACAUUGGUGCAUAUAAAUCUUUCUUUCAACUAUUUCACGGAUAUACCAGAGGAAUUAUUUGAAAUCCCUCAAAUAGAGACACUGAAGCUAAGAAAUAAUCCAAUGCAAGAAAUACCUUCAGGGAUUCAAAAGCUACAAUACUUGAAGACGCUGGUACUGUCCUUUUGUUGCAUAUCCUCACUACCACAAAGCCUAUUUCAACUUGAAAGCCUCCAGAAACUCGACCUCUCUUACAAUCGAAUCGCAUUCAUCUCAGAAGAAUUAAGAAACUUGAGGAAUUUGAAAAUAUUGAACCUGGAAGGGAACCAGCUGACGUCAUUGCCAAGGGGAAUCAUCUUGCUCAAUCUGAAUCUUCUCAAAAUAGCCAAUAACUUCAUGCACCCUCUUCUCUGGAAGUUAGCAGCUCCUCCCCAACCACAGCAUCUAUUGGAAAGCUGUGCAACGUAUCUGGCACAAAAAAAUUUACAUCUAAAUAUUCAUUCAAAAGAUGUGAAGCUAAACAGUUUAAUGAAAUCAUUAUCACCAUGUGACUUUUGCGGUGGACCAAAAUUUGGACAAGGUCUUCGAGUUAUUAAACCAGCUGCCGAGCUAUUUGGUGUUAAGAACCUUCCAAUUUUGUUCUACGUUUGUUCGCAAAAUUGCCGAAGCAUUCUACGAGGAUCCACAGAACUUUCUCUCUUCCCAGAAUGACAGAAACUUUUCGCAAUGAAGUAUAUUUCUCCACGUGAUACUUUAAGUGGAAUACGUCAAUAUGUUUUCGUCCUUUGUGUAUACGGUCUCCAUUAAUGACAGAAUAUUAUAAUUAGAAUAUAUGUACACCUUU